AUGACUGAUAAUCAGCUUGAUAAUUCCUGUAGUGCGUCUCAAGGUAUUGCCACGUUCGCUGCUGGCUGCUUCUGGGGCGUUCAAUUGGCUUUCGAUCGUCUUCCAGGCGUGUUAGAGACCUCAGUAGGGUAUACACAAGGUGAUGUUGACAAUCCAACGUACCGUCAAGUCUGUACAGGUCGUACGAAUCACGCAGAGGCUAUUCGAAUCGUAUACGACGAGUCACAUACGAGUUAUGAGUCGCUGCUUCGCAAGUUUUGGGCCAUUCACGAUCCCACGACACUCAAUCGUCAAAAAAACGAUAUCGGCUCGCAAUAUCGCUCGGGAAUCUAUUAUCAUAAUGAAGAACAACGCAAAGUAGCGCUAGCAUCGAAGGAGGAGUAUCAAAAAAAAUGUAGCAAGCCGAUUGUGACAGAAAUUAUGGAAGCCAAACAAUUUUGGGUCGCUGAGGUUUACCACCAAAAAUACCUUGAAAAAGGUGGACAAUGUGCAGACAAAGGCUGUGACAUACCAAUUCGCUGUUACGGCUAG